AUGGGCCCAUUGGAGCGUAUUUGUUUUGUUAUGGGAGCUUAUUGCUCGCCCUCUAAGUGCGGAAUGAUAGUACAGUCGGAGGUCUGGACUUCCCAGGACACCUUACGAGAUAUUCUGCAUCACAGUGCGCUUGGGGAUGCGGGUUCUUUAUCUGUGAUGAAUCGGUCUACCUCCAGUUGUAAAGAUGACAAGUACAAGGUGGGGAUUGCUGUGGGAAGAGAUUUAAAACAGAAAAUGCAGUUUCGGGAGCAACAUCAUUUUAGUUGCAGCAAUGCGACCCAUCCAGGGCAUAAAUGUACCCCUCCACCUAGUAAUGGUGGAACAAGACUCCCCCGCCGGUUUAACAGUUUGAUUUGA